CAGAACCCGCAGGAUCUAAUUCUAUUGGUCUCUCUUCUAUUCCUAUCGGCUAUUUCCUCGAAGUGUAUAGUCGAACGCCGGCGGUCAGAGGACCAGGUCGGAGGUCGCCACUCAUGACCGCCACUCCAGUUCUCUCGCUCUGCUUCGAAGAUCCGAUAUAGAAGCGCGGCGAUAGGAGCUCAGCCAUUCUGUUGGACCUGAUUGCUGGUCAGGAGGGGAACUCCGGUCCAUCGGAUAGAUCCGUCUGCUUGCAACUUAAUUACAGUCUGAGAUGCCCGAGCUGAGAUGUGCAGGGCACUCUAAUGGGAUCGAAUGCCUCCUCAAAUAAGGGAAAUGCCUGUUGAUCAGUAAGUUCUUUCUAAACUUGAUAUUUAUUUUCCAUCUUGAAUGACUGCUAUGGCCGAGACUGUUCUUCCAUCUAUCGGUCGUGUACGGCUUACUGAUUUGAUAGCUGUUGAGGGGCUUCCUUCAGAAUCAUAUAAAGUUUCUAUAUCAACGUUGACACAAUCCCUUGCUCAGUAUUCUGCUGCAAUCAUUCAGUUGCCCAUUUCUGAUGGUGCUCUUUUAAGAUCCAGUCUUGAGUCAGCUCGGCUUUUCUUCCACCAAAGAGCAUACUCGCCUCCUGAGAUGGCUCACACUAGUGAUUCCCGUGAGUGGUGCAAGACCUCGGGUUAUUAUGCAGAUCCUCAGAUUUUGCAGGAGACCUAUGAUUACAGGCCGGGCUUUACUUCAGCAGAUUCAAAUGGUUCUAUGGAGCUUCCUCCAGCUGGUUUGUCUGAUAUAUUUGCCUUGCUUGGAAAGGCUGCUCGACAUAUCUUGGAUGCUAUCAGUUUUUCUUUGAACUUACGCAGCUUCUCAUUCACUGAAAUUCUUGAUAACGUUCCUUUAAGGGGUAGGGAAAUGUCUUCCUCAGUUCUGUCGGUAUGCUGUCACUCAAGGCCCUCUUUCCAAGGUGCACAACACCAUGCCUUGACUGCAUCAGAAGAUGGACAAUUGGUCAUGUUCCCAGAUCAAGAGCACCAGGUUGAGAAAAGUUUAAUCACUCUUCUCAAAUCAGAUAGGGCAGGCUUGCAUAUAAAGGACUUUCAUGGGCGAUGGUUACUUGUAGAUGGGGAUCUUGGGCCCCAAGAUGCCCUUGUAUAUCCUGGGCUUGCACUUUACCAGGCAACUGCUGGUUAUGUAAGUCCAGCUGUUCACAGAACUGAAAUAGGUAACAUGGAUGGCAGUAUGUAUGGGCGGUGUUCUAUUUCUUUCAAGCUAAUGCCGAAAUCCAUGGCGAGUUUCAAUUGUUCAGAGAUGAGAGCAGCGGGCCAUGGUGUUGAAGCCCAAUUUCAGUUACCCAUACCGGUUGAUGACUUUAUGCAGAGAACACACCCUACGGAUCAACUCCUCACAAAAAGUAUUUUCCCAAGCUAUGGUUUUCAAGCAGAACAAGAUGUUGUUGGGCAUAAAUUAUCAAAUUGUUUCAAGGCUCAUCCAAAGUUGAGAAAAUCUGAAGGCGUAAGAGCAAUGAAACCCAUGAAGAGGAAGAAGAAUAGCACAAGAUGCAAGCCAUUGCCACCUUCUAAGAGACUACGUCUUGAAGCUCAAAGAGUCCUUAAAGAACGUGUCCAGGAUAUUGCUGACAAGAAGGGCAUCAAACUUAGAUUUUGCAAUCUAAAAGAAUGUGAAGGUCACUUACAGUCGCGGGACAGUCCAUGUGGAAGUAUAAGAAUGGAGAUUGGAUGGCCACCAGGGGUCCCAUUUGUUCAUCCCCAUGACCUUCCUAACAAGUCAAAGCUUGGCUUUCUUGAAGCUUAUGAGCCUGGAUGGACUGCAGCUCAGCAAGAUAUAGAGAAUCAAUCUCCAUAGCUUUCAACAUUAAGGCUUCAUUUAGGAUGGCUUUCUUAUUGCUUCUUAAAGCAGCUUUUUAGUACAUAAGUUAAAAUUUUUGCACUCAAAAACUGCUUUAAGAAGCAGUAAAAAAGUCAUCCCAAACGAAACCUAAAUCCCCGCUCUUUCAGCUUGAGGCUUCAAAUGGCAUCCCAGCUACUCGAUCCUCAUCCUUCUGUAUUGGGGCUCCAAAUGUGGCGAAAAUAAUAGGAAAAGGGCGCAGCUUUCUUUUUUUUUUUUCAGAAGGUGCUGCUCUCUCCCAAUCCCCGAAUGCAUGCAUAGAAAGCCAUUACACUUGUUUUUUUUUUCACAACCGUGGUAGCUUAUGCCUAUGUAAAUAUUUCAUCCAGCAACAGUAAUUUGCUGGCAUUCUUCUUUUGUCAACUUACUAGUGUUUUAUACAUUGUUGACAUCAUGAAUUUUGUAUCCUGGAGCAGAAUUUUGUUUCUUUAACUUGAAAGAAAUGAAGAGCUGAAUUCUCUCUCUUGCAAUAA